GCGUGACCCUACAGCAAUUCAAACGCGCUUGCGGAAAAUUUUCUAAUAUCAGUACUUGCAUUAUUCAUAAGCCUAUUGGCUGCCUUCUCUUACUAUAUAGCAAUUCAAAAUGCUGCCUCGUUUAGUGGGUUAGGGUUUAGAAGAGUUGAUAAUAUUAAUUUCAGGUGAAAAUUAGGCAGGAAGAACAUUGGUCCAUACUGGUUUUUUUUUUUUUUAAAUAUAUUAUAGCCAAAUUUAGAGAACUGGCAUAAUUAGCCCAUCCCACCAUUGUCUCUCAAUCCUCUUUCUAUAUAUACAUACACCAGUCUUGCCCACUUCUCUCUACCUUUCAUAAUUUUACUGCUUACACUAGCAGCAGUGAUACCAGCAGCUGAGGAAACUUAUCCAUGGCAGCAGGCAAGGAAAUAUACACAAACAGCUUUAAUAAUCAGCACGCCUGUGACCGUUGCAGAUCCUUUGGGCAGAAGUGCAGUCAUCUUUUGAAGAAGCAACGAGCGAAAUUCUACAUCCUCCGCCGUUGCAUAGCAAUGCUCGUCUGCUGGCGCGAGCGUGGCGAGUCUUGAUUGAUACUUCAGAUUGCAGCUUUGUUUACUUGACUUUGCUAUAUAUAGUGUGAUAAUAGAAUUACAUACUUUUUGUAAUUGUAGCUUAUAUUUUAGGAUAACUCAGUAGAGAGCUUGAUGAAAUUAUUAGCUUCUCAAAUAAAUUAAUGGUAGAUCUGUCCAUGUUUCUAUAAUUUAUGCAACUUAAUUUCUCCUUUUUUCC